AUGGGCUUCAUAACCAGCUAUGGCUCAAUGCAGACGCCUGCCCCUUCACUCGACGACCUUCACCGACGAGAAGAUAAGAAGAUCACCGUCACUAGGGCGCCGGACGAAAUCUGCGGAUUCAUCUCUGAGCGUCCUGGUGCCACCUUUGGCUGUUCAUUGGGGGACUAUUGCUAUUUCUUCCCGCCAGCUUCUCAACAGACACCACAGCACAACCGAGUCGUCUGCUGCGGCGAGGGAGAAUGCGAGUGGUUUUCUACGUGCUACAACUUCGAGGAGUACUAUACUUCGAGGAAAUGUACCGACGGCUGCGAGGUUGACAACUACAUCCUGAAAUGCACACGCACCGACUACCCGUACUGCCACACCGUUUCGUGGGAAGGAAACACGAUCGAUUACUCGUGCAACGACGUCGACAUCACGACGACAAUGAGCGCUGCCCUCACGUACAAGGGACAAAAGAACAGGAAAUUCUUCACCAUGAACGAUGAACAAGUCAGCGCUCUCUUCCAGGGCCUGGACGGGCCCGCGUCAACGACUGAAGCGAGCGAUAGCACAGCUACCAAGGGUUCUGCUCCGGCCGCCACCGAGGCCAAGGAUUCUGGCGGUUCGGGGACCAACACCGGUGCCAUCGUCGGUGGUGUGGUCGGAGGUGUCGGCGCCAUAGCCCUUUUCGCCGUGGCCAUUCUUCUCUUCCUCCGAAUGAGGAAGAAGAAGAAGGGUCAGGAUGUGAGCCCUCCCGAGUAUGAAGCGACACCUCGCGACGAUAACAACAACAAAGAAGCCUUGCAGCCUGGCCAGCAGGCUGGCGCACCGUACUCUGACACUCCGCCGAACGCGGCUCCUGCUAUCCAUGAGGCUGAGGUCAAGGAUAAGCCUCAGGAGCUUGCCGACAAUGCACCCAAGAAGGAGCCUGUUGAACUUGCUUAG